CAUAGUUUUUCAUAUAGGAUAUCUUGCUUAUGCAAAUGGAUACAUCUCACAAUGGCACCAAUUCACAUCAUAGGUGGAGCCCAUUGCAUCAACUGUCCCAUAUAUGGUUGCAAGUGGUAAUCAUGAACGUGAUUGGCCAAAUAGCGGAUCCUUCUAUGAAAUUAUGGAUUCAGGUGGGGAAUGCAGUGUGCUUGCUGAGACCAUGUUCUACUUUCCUGCUGAGAACAGAGCCAAGUUCUGUUAUGCAACAGAUUAUGGCAUGUUCCACUUCUGUAUAGCUGACAGUGAGCAUGACUGGAGGGAGGGAACAGAACAGUACAAGUUCAUUGAGCAUUGCCUUGCAUCCGCAGAUAGAAGGAAACAACCGUGGUUAAUCUUUGCUGCUCAUCGUGUUCUUGUAUAUUCCUCAAAUAGUUGGUAUGCCCAGGAAGGAUCAUUUGAAGAGCCAAUAGGAAGGGAAAGCUUGCAAAAGCUAUGGCAGAAGUACAGGGUAGACAUUGCAUUUUAUGGCCAUGUCCAUAACUAUGAAAGAACAUGCCCCAUAUACUAGGUAUGGCUAGUAAAAUAUAUACAGAGAGGUUCUAUGAAUUACAUGCAAACAUGAUUACAUUCCGUGGCUUCA